GAAAGACAAACCAGCAAAGCUUAUACACAGGAAUUUGGCACACAAACGAAAUCCCCAAUUCCAAUUGUCAUUCAUUCAUCAUUAAAUUCUUACUUCGCUACCCUUCGAAAGAGGAUAAAAGUCUGGUAAUUAGAUAGCAGAUAGAGAAGAAGACCAUGGGAAACGUGCCGGCCAAAGAAGGAAGGAGCAGAUCGAGUUCGUACGCCAGUUCGUCUACGAAUUACUUGGAAUCAGGGAAUUCCAGAUCAGCCCGAAGAAAUACUAGUUCCUCUAUUUUCAGUAGUAGUUUUGGAGGAGACUCGAAGAAAAGCAAGACGGAAGAAAAGGAUAGACAGAGAGAAAAGCAUUUUUUCAAUUUGAUUGUUCGGUUUGAGGAGAGUGUUGAUGGAGGAUUUUUAGCCCCAUUUGGAACUUAUAAAUCCAACUUGGAUUAUAAUACUGAUAUAGUAAGAAAUUUGGUUAUAAAUCGGAGAAUAUCGCCGUUUUAUACGCCGUUACAGGAUUUCAAUGAUAGUUGGACUGAUGAUGAGUUGAUAAUAAUAUUGUCGCAAUUAACCUUACAUUCGAUUGAAACUGCUUAUACUGAUGAAGAAGAGGUUGAUGAUAUUGAUAAUCACAAGAUACAUAAAUCCACUCAUUAUUAUAAGAGACAAGAACAAAAAUUGAAAUUGAAGAAUUUAAUUGACAAAGUUAAACAAUUACAAAAAGAUGAAGAAAAUAAAUUUUUAGAAGAAAAAUUAAGGUUGAAAAAUGGAGAUUCGAAUACUUCAUCUAAUUUACCUUCGAGAGAUUUAUUACUAAAGCUAUACCGUAAUGCAAGUGAAUGUCCAAUUUGCUUUUUAUAUUAUCCAGUUAAUUUGAAUGUUAGUCGUUGUUGUCGUCAACCCAUUUGUACCGAAUGUUUUGUUCAAAUUAAAAGAUUAGAUCCUCAUCCUCCUCAUGAUGAUACUUCAAAUGAACCCGGUAGUAAUGAAUUGCCUCAUACCAUAAUAUCGGAACCGGCAAAUUGUCCCUAUUGUGCAAUGCCUGAUUUUGGAGUCACUUAUGAAUCUCCAAAACAAAUUCAUACGGGGAUAAAUGGUAUAAACCCCAGUGACUACCAAAUUUAUAAUAGUAUACCGGAAAAUGCAAUUUCCUCAUCUCCUCCAAUUACACAACACUCCAAUGAUAGCCCAAUUACCCAACUGAAAAAACCAAGACGUAGAUCUUCAAUACCAGCGGAUUCUAACUCGGUUAUCACCACCGAUUUCAUCAGACCCGAUUGGGAAACCAAAUUAAUCAGUGCUAGAAAUAAAUUAGCUAGAAAAGCUGCUACCGCAAGUGCUAUUCACGCAUCUAAUCUAAUAAUACCAGGUGAACACCAGUCGAAUAAUGGCUCGAGUACUAGAAAUCAAACCCAAUCAAUGGAAGAACGAAUGAUUGAACAAGCCCUUCGUUUAUCAUUACUUGAUGAAGAACAAAGAAAACGUAAAGUAGCAGAUCAAAAAAACUGACUUCAACUCUAAAUAUCUAUACAUAUGAUUUACAAGAAGCUGUUUAAGUAAAUAGAUUUUUGUCUAGUUUAAUGAAUUUUUUUUUUAUCCCCCUACAUAA